GACAGCAGGAAUGAGAUGAAAGUCUAGACGGUGAAAGUGCAGUGGGCUGUGGAGAGCCGGCGGAGCAGAGCGGCGGCAGGAGCGACUGUGGGCGGGGAGAGAGGAAGUGUGGUCGACAGGAGAGGAAUUUAAAGUCCCAUUGUUCUGGAAGAGCUGAAGAGAGAGAGAGAGCUGAAGAGAAGAAGAGUGAGAACACCGACAGAGAGACAGACAGACAGCGGACAACAUGGACGUGAGCUCAGCCAUGGAGAAGAUGUCAGUGAAGCAGACUGCGGGAGGCUCAUAUCUCGUAUGUAAGCAAAGGUGUUCUGGACUCCAGCCACAUUCUUGGAGGAAAGCCUGUAUCGCCUGCGGCUGCAGCACGGUCGACCACGCUCCUGGAAAUGAUGUUGAAGAUGAUCAGCGAAUGGGACGCCUGCUCGCAGACUCCCCAUAUGCCCAUUUAACAGCAAAGGUCAAAGGCGGUGGCGGCCUACGCAUGUACAAGAGGAACCGUAUGAUCGUGACCAAUCCUGUGGUGUCGCGUAAAGACCCGACCUUCAACACCACGACUUACGACUGGGCGCCAGCCGGCCUCAACCAGACGCUGGCGAUGCAGUACAUGGAGCUCAUCCCAGAGAAACAACGUCCUGUUUCGGGGACAGAUGGAGUGCUGGAGCGACGCAGGCAGCUCUUCAGUCAGCUUCCGGUCUACGACAACGACCCCAUGAAGUGUCAGAGCCUGACAACUGAGGAGGAGAUUUCCUCCAUGCUGCUCUUUGUGAAGCACUACAAACAGGAAGUGCUCGGAGUCGGGGAGGUGGCCUUGCCUGGCGAGGGCGGAGCUCUGAGGGAAGCAGCCAUUCAGAGGACGGCAAAGGAGGCCAAAGAUCGCAGCAACAGCGACAGGAAGGAUUCUCUGGAGCACCAGGGACAUGACUCGACCAAUAACGGCUCUGCACCUGCUUCUGGUCCCACUAACGGAACAGAUGGCAGCACCAAGACUGAAUUUCGUUGCUCUGGUUGCCUUAAAGAGGUUGCCAAAGAGAAUCCAGCUGUUUAUGCCGAGCGAGCCGGUUACAACAACGCCCUGUGGCAUCCCACUUGCUUCAAAUGUUCAGAGUGUGGCCUGGGAUGCGUGGACUUGGUCUACUUCUGGUCCAAUCAGAAGCUUUUUUGUGGAAGACACUACUGUCAGACGGUCUGGCCGAGAUGCUCGGGCUGUGAUGAGUUAAUCUUUUGCCCGUCCUUUCAUACAUCAAAAGAUGGCCAGACGUGGCAUCAUGAACAUUACUGCUGCUGGAAGUGCGGGCAACACCUGGAUACACCGUGUCAGCACUGAGACGACGCCUGUCAGUACUGAGACGCCGCCUGUCAGUACUGAGACGACGCCUGUCAGUACUGAGACGACGCCUGUCAGUACUGUAUUAAACCCACUUUGAUGUUCAGAUUUGAUAAGUUUAAGCACUGCACAAGAGCAGAAGUACAAGAUGCUACAGAAAUAUUGAAUCAGUACUGAAAUUAUUUUAUUUUUUGUGUGAGAGAACACAAAAUUUUAUUACAGGAAAUCUGUUUUCAGCAGUGGUUGGUUGGAUUGUCUUGUAAUAAACUAGUGAACAAAGUGAGAGCUUAAAUAUUUGGUUGACAUUAAGUAUUCCAGAUGAAUCUUUAUGAGUUAUUAUUGAUGUUUAAAAUGCUUAAAGUGACACUGAAGUUCUCAAAUAUGUGUUCAGUUGAGCCCACUAGUGUUUGAAGUACUUCAGGAUAUGUUUAAAUGACUCAAAGUGUUUAAAGUGCUUCUGGACAUUUUGAAUUUUUAGCACUUCAAUAGCCGACAGUGAAGAGAGCCAGAUGUUGUGGUUUCAGUCUGCAGAGCGUCGGAAACAAACUGCGGUUUCAGAGGAGGAAACAAAUGACACAAAAAUGAAUGGAGUAGUAAACAAGAUUAAAACUGUAAUGUUACUAAAAAAUCAACAAUAGCAAGAUUUAUACAACAAAAAUGUACUUGUGUGCUUUUAGCCAAUGACUGACUGAAUGGUUGAUUAUUUUACAUAUUUAAAAUGCCAACGCUCACAAACUUUAUUAUAAGUUUUAAUCAAACAGAUGAUGUUCUAAUUGCAUUCAUUACUGAGCACUUUGAGGAUCGACUGCCCCUUAAAGGAAGAAUUUGCAACUUUUUGAUCCAGUAGAUCCGGUAGAUAGUUGAUCCCGUCCUUGAGCACCAGCAUGAAAACAAAACAAACUACUGUUUGACCACACCUCCGCCAUACUGAAGCCCCUGCUCUCCUACAGCGAUACAUCUCCAACCCCUCUACACUCGCAUUUGAAUGAAGGAGUUAUCAAAUUGGAACGCGUCAUAAUUAAGUACUGAGCGCAAGCGGCGGACAAAGUUGUCCUUGUCUCGAGCUGCAUUGUUGUGUUAGCAGGCUAACGUUAGCGCUCUUUAGUUAGCUCGUAGCUUCACAUUGCAUGUACAUUUACACAGAAUGAGCGUGAUCUAAAAAUGCUUACGUGACAUCCAAAUAAGCAGUGAGUAUGUUCUUCUUCUUUUCUCUAUUCCCUCACUCAAACAGCUUUGUACACAAGGGGAGGAGCCGACCAUCCCGUCCAUGUAAACACGUCUCUGACAACAACACAGCCAGCGGGACUCGAGCUUCUCACUCAUUGUAGACAGUCAUGACUGAGAGAGACAUUUACACAGGAUACACAGGAUAUACAGGAUAUACGACUAAAGUAGUCGACUUUGGAAAUAGACAUACUGUACUAUCCAU